AUGGAAACGUUGAAGGACUUCAAGUUUGAUUUCUCAUAUCACCCUGGCAAGGCCAAUUUGGUGGCGGAAGCCUUGAGUCGCAAGAAGACAAUUGAAUUUGCAGCCCCGCUCAUGGUGAGAGAGUGGGAUAUAGUGGAAUUCGUUCGAGACUUCGACAUGAAGCUCACCGUGGAGGAACCGUACGAGGUCGUAGCCCACAUUCAGGCCCAAUCGCUGAUUAACGGUAAAAUCAUUGAAGCUCAAGGGGGCAAUGAGCAUUUGAAGAAGAUGAGGGAAAAAGCAAGGAAUGAUGGGAAGACCGAGUGGAGGAUCGGUACCGAUGGAGGAUUGCGGUACCGAGGCCGCCUUUGUGUUCCAAAUCUUCAGGAGAUACGAGGAGUUCUAAAUGCCGCUCACAACUCCAAGGUAGCGAUGCAUCCGGGUAGUACCAAAAUGUACCAGGAUCUGAAUUGA